AUGAGUCAACAUUAUGAAGUGUUGGAAAUCGACAGAGGUGCGUCUGCCGAAGAGAUUCGGAAGGCUUAUAGACGCCUGGCAUUGAAGUACCACCCAGAUAAGAACCGUGACCACAACGCAGAAGACAUGUUCAAGAAGAUCAGUGAAGCGUAUAGAGUUCUUUCUGAUCCCCAGACGAAACGUGAUUAUGAUAAGACCAUUCCAAGGACUUAUCCUCCCAAGUCUGAGAAGACAUAUUCUCCAGCAUCUGGGUACUACCAACGCCAGUACCAGAGUCCCAAACAGGAGUAUAACUCGAGCCGAUCAAACUCUAAUAGAUUUCAUCAUUCUUAUUAUGGAGACACUUAUUCCGCCUUUGAGAACUAUGCUAGCUACAAUUUUGGCUCGAGGUAUGAUGAUGUCCCCAGUUGGAGACAGUCUAGGCAAGAGAAGAAGCCCCCUCAACCCAGGGCCACGCCCAAGAAUGGGUCUAAGCAGAAAGCAGCACCUAGCUCAACCAAAUCAACACCAAAGGCGAAGGCUAAAACAAACGGGAAAUCCAAGUCCAAGGCUCAUCCAACUGCUACAAGAAAGAACUCUGAAUCUCAAACUCCAACACCAGAGGACCCUAAGAGAGAUCACCCCAAACCAUCUUUUGAAAGCACAAAUGACGGGCAAUGGUCCAGAUCGCGAACAUCGUACUCUUACAUGCAUUCAGAGAAGACAUAUACCGGCCCAAUUCCGGAUAUCAAGAUUCCAGAGCCCACAACUGAAGGAACUGUGCCACAGAAGGAAGAGCCAAUUAAUGAGCCUCAAGCACAACCUGAGCCUGAAACAGUAAACCCUUGGGCCUUUCACAGUGGCUUCAGCAACGGAUUCAACGCUGAGGAUUCUUUUGAAAGUGCAGGUGGUCGAAGUUUUAUGGAUGAGCUCAAGAGAAUGGGUCAAAAUGGGGACUUUUCCUUUACCUUCCCGUCACCUGACAGAUCGAAGUCGUCGAACAGAUUCACGGUUUUUGACAGUUCAGGCGAGAAGGAUGACCCCAUCGCUUUGGACGAAGGUACUGAAGCAGAUCCUAUAAUUAUAGAUGAUAGUGAUCCUCCUGUAACUACACAGCCUCAAUCGCCAAAACCAUCCUCUUGGGCCAAUGCUGAAAAUAUACCGAACCGGUUUUUCGAGAGGGAAUCAACUCGCCUCAAACGGAAACCGCGUCACAGAGGCUUUUCAAAUAGUCCCUUUGCAACCUCAAACCAGGACCGUGGAUUUCCUGGUCAGAGUACCCCCGUCAACAAAGCACAUGUGGAGGAUCUCCCGGAGGGGGAUAUCAGUGUUGGUGCGGCCUCUGGCAACGAUGAUGGAAAGAAGGAACCAUUUUCGAACCCUUUCCUUAGAAGUACGUUUGACUUUACCUUCGAUGCAAACCGAGGGCCUUUGAACACAAAGGAACCAGUCCAUGAGGAGGGGAUUGACCAAGGUCAACAGUCUGCUCAAACCCCCAUGCAGGAGGCAGACACUAACUCAAAGUUCUCACUCAAUGAUCUCAAAGAAAUGCCGCCAUUCUCCUCGACAAACCGCUUCACAAUGGACGAAUUAGAUCAAACCCUUGAAGAUACCGAGUUUCGUCAUAAGCCGGUGUUUGUCUCUUCGCAGAACAAGGUUGAUCCAGCGAUCAAUAGCGACAUGGGAGCAGUUCCUUUGCAUGCUCCUGUUAAUGGUACUCUGCCCAGGGCGUCUAUUCCUCCUCCAAUAGCACUUACCAUGGGGGACCUUCAUUGUCCUGUCACCGUGCUAGACAUACAACCACCUGCCCCGCCGUAUAUACCUGAACUGGUUUCAGCAGAGGAGUAUAUCAGUCUUACCAAGGAGUUCAAGAACUACAAGGUGUUAUUCAACAAUUUUAACCGCACCAUGGCUGCUUACAGUUCAGAGAGGGCUGCUGCAGAUGAAGCCUAUAUGGAUCGUAUCAUGCGUUCUGAAGCAGAUAGACUUGUCUAUGUUUCUGCGUUGCAAAGAGACGAAUUUGUUUUUGAUCGGUGGUUGCGUGCGAAAAAGACUGACUUGACUAUCACGCAAAUGUAUCAUAGACUCGGGUUGAGAUAA